UUUGUUUCUGUAAUGCAUAAAGGCCACGAGGUGCUAACUCGUACUGGCCUGUUACUGAAAAUUUGAAUAGCUUUUACUUUGAACUGUUCUCAUAGCUUAACAUCGUUGGAUCGGGAUGGCUCUGCUAUUUCAUGGCGAGUCAAGAUGGAAAAUCUUCAAGCAUCACUUAUUUUGGAUAAAGAUUUGCGAAAUUGUGUUUCCCCUUUUGAUUUUUCCAUUUUGUGUGACAUUCAAAGAUCAUGCCUCUUUACGUACUGAGGAUAGUGUCAACUGGCUCAAUAUCACAGUGAAAUACCCAUUCAAAUACUAUGAAAACACAACAGCUCUCUAUAAUGGUGAAGACAGUCCUCUGAAGUUUAGCUUUGAYGAAGCUAUCAGUGCAUGUGUCCAACUCUUUGUAAUUGUGACAAUUGUUACAAUGAUUCAAGCAAUUUUCAUGGUGCUAUUAUCAUGUGUUCUUCAUAGAAGGCAGUCACUGGGUCAAGCAGUUAUGUACACUGUAAGUUAACAAAUAAUGAUUGAGUAUAUGUAAUGUAAUAAGUUCCAUCUGAGUGAUUGUUUGUCUCAACUUCAAACUUCUAGUGUUCCUCAAGUCUAUCACCUUUUUGAAUCCCAGGAAUAGAAAUCCCAAGAACAGAAUUUCUUGGUACUUAUUUAUUAUAAGUAGUUCCCCAAAAAUGAAACCCCUCAAUUCUAAUACUAGUAAGUAGUGGUUGGUAUUGUGUUUUUUUUCCAGAAAUAUUACCUAACACUCUCCCUCCCUAUCCACCUCCCCUCCCCCUCUCUAAUAGCUCAAAACUAAAAACAAAAUUAGCUUCAAAACUGCAUGAUUUCGUUUUAAUUACUUCAACUUUCCCUUUCAUUUCAAACUAAGUAUUUUAUCCAUGUUAUCGACGUCAUUUUGCACACAGCUUAAACAAUCAGCAAGCAUACAGUGCAGAAUGGCUUUGAGAGCGGGGAAGAGGGGGUAUUUCUU